UAGUCUUUCUUGAACAUAUAAGAUACGUAGCAAUUUUAACAGGUUUCUCAGACAAUGCAGAUACAAGCUAGCGCGAAUUGCAUGUCUGUAUUCAUAAAAUGAAGUAUUGUAACUUUAUCACUGUCUCACUUUGCGCACUAGACCCAAGCCGUAGUCAAGUAUUUGCUGCCUCUUAUGGUGAUGGGGAAAGUAGUCGCCAGCCUAGGAAGCGCUCUACCAAAAAAUAUUAUACUUAUACAGGAUCAAAAAGACAUAUGAAAAAAGAAAUUGAAAGGAUGGCUGUUGAGGAAAUGGGCGAUGCUUUACUAAAUAUACCAACAGCAAAAACAGUGAAUAUAUCUACCUAUCUUCAAUAUGUUACUUACAUUCUCCUAAAUCUCGACAAGAUAUAAGAAGUCAAUGGUAGUUUAACUGCAAAAGACCGCUUCUAUCUGUACCAAGGUGUUCAAAGAGCAAGAGCAGAAAUGACAGACAUUUUAUUAGACGGU